GUAGAAUGAACUGGACUGUAAUUUGACAGGCGAGCAGCUGCUGUUGUGAAUUUUUAGAUUAUGGACGAACGUAGAGAAAGACAGACAUGUCUGCAUUUCAUCCUCGUGUAGUCCUGUUGUAAAACAGAUUAGGCGCACUAAAGUAUGGAACAAGCUGUUAAUAUAAGUCAAGGGGCUACGAAGUGGGAUAUUCGCCAAAAAGUGUGGGAUUACAUCGAGGCGAAAAACCUAGCCAACUUCCCAAGACCAGUGCACCACAGAAUUCCAAACUUCAAGGCAGCUGCCCAGGCCUGUGACAGGCUCCCUGUCCUGCAGGAAUUCAAGUCCAGCAGGGUGGUCAAAGUAAACCCGGACAGGCCACAGGAGCAGGCCCGCUUUCACACACUCACUGCUAGAAAAACAUUGCUGGUCCCGACGCCUCGGCUGCGCACUGGACUGUUUAACAAAAUUGUUCCCCCGCAAAAUGCAACCAAGGAGGAUCUGCGAGUGUGCUCCACCUCCCAGGGGGUUAAAAAGUUCAGUGUCCCAAUUGGUUUAGAUGCAAGAGUUCAAGUGGAUCUAGUAGUGGUUGGUUCUGUAGCUGUGUCUGAGAAAGGUUACAGAAUUGGGAAAGGAGAAGGAUAUGCAGAUAUGGAAUAUGCUAUGAUGGCCUCCAUGGGAGCUGUGAAUGAAUCCACUGUGGUUGUGACUAUUGUUCAUGACUGUCAGGUUGUGGACAUUCCAGAAGGACUGACUGAGAGUCAUGACCUCACUGUGGACUAUAUCAUCACUCCAACUAGGAUAAUCAAGACUGAGUGUCAGCUCCCUAAACCACAGGGAAUCAUUUGGUCAAAGUUAGACGCGGAGAUGCUGGAGAAAAUUCCCAUCCUGAAAAAACUGCAAGAUCUGGAGCAGAAGGCUGGCAAGGACGUCACACUAAAGGUAUCCUCCGCUGAAAGCGAUAAACCAAUGGCAGAGCCUAAACCUGAAGCUAAACCCAACCCUAAACGUGACCCAAAAAGUAGGCCCAGGCGUGAACCCAAACAGGAGCCCAAACAUAAGCAUAUCGAAAAUACAGCUGAGAGACCUGAGGGAGGCACUGUGGAGCAGGAGCAUCCUCAUGGUUCCUCCAGCACUCUUUACCUUGGAGGCAUCCCGGCUGGAUUACGAGUGAGUGAGCUGAAGAGCGUGCUGAGAGAGCGGAAUGCUGUGCCCCUCAGGCUCACCUGGCAGGGGGCACAGCACAGGGCCUUCCUCGAGUACAGUGAUGGGCCAGGAGCUGACCUUGCCCUGACUACCCUGCAAGACCUCUCUAUCAACGGCCACACCCUGAAGGCUGAGCGAGCUAAGAGCCAGCGGGGCGGCCACAAGCCUAACCAAACACUGCAGAGGCCCCAGAAUAAGGAAGCCAAAGGAGCAGCUCACCCACCAACAGCCACAGCCACCGUCGUCAGCAUUACUGCCCCAUGCAAAGAGGGGAGUUAGCUAGGGUAAAGGUUCAGAGAAGGUCAACACCAAUUAUGAAAAUGCAAGAUUUCUUUGGGAGAAAAUAUCUGGUAAAUAUGUAAAAAUAUCAAAUUUACCUACUUAGAUCAUUGGUGAUUCCAGAAAUAUGUAAUUUUUUAUGAGUUUUUGCAUGUGGGCGUGAAAAUAAAGCAAUUCUGGAAAUAAGUUUAA